UCCAGUCAAGCAUGGAUUGCAAACGCAGGAGGACAUAGCCAGUUAGUUCACAAAUACGUUUUUACUGUAAUAAUAGAGAAUCCCUAUUUUAAACAUGGGUCGGUGUGGUAUUACCUCAUCAAAGACAGUGCUGGUCUUUCUGAACCUCAUUUUUUGGGCAGCAGCAGGGAUUUUGUGCUAUGUUGGAGCCUACGUGUUCAUCACCUAUGAUGACUACGACCACUUCUUUGAAGAUGUGUACACCCUUAUACCUGCUGUGACCAUAAUUGCAGUUGGAGGCCUCCUUUUCAUCAUCGGUCUUAUUGGAUGCUGUGCCACAAUACGAGAAAGCCGCUGUGGCCUUAUAACGUUUGUCAUCAUUCUCCUGCUGGUGUUUGUGACGGAAGUGGCUGUGGUGGUUCUUGGUUAUAUUUACAGAUCGAAGGUUGGAGACGAGGUCAAUCACUCCAUCCAGAAGGUAUACAAUGAGUACAAUGGCACCAAUGCAGAUGCCUCAAGCCGUGCCAUUGACUACAUGCAAAGACAGCUCCAUUGUUGUGGAAUUCACACUUACUCAGACUGGAUGAACACACGCUGGUUUAAUGAGUUUCAAAACAACAGUGUACCAGUGAGCUGCUGCAAACCUAAUGUCAGCAACUGUACAGGCUCUCUAGCCCGUCCUGGAGACCUCUAUCCAGAGGGAUGUGAAGCCCUUGUUGUGAAGAAACUAAAGGAGAUUAUGAUGUAUGUCAUCUGGGCUGCACUGACGUUCGCUGCAAUUCAGGUAUUUGGGAUGCUGUGUGCCUGUGUGGUGCUGUGCAGUAGGAGCCGUGACCCUGCCUACGAGCUUCUCAUGACAGGGGGAACCUACGCAUAAGGAACACACACACCUAGGUUCAUGGCUUUAUCAGUGGGGGAUGGUUCACUGACUUGCUCAGGUCUCCUCUGCUGUAAGUUGAAAAGCUCCUCACAUGGUGGCUCGUACUCCACAAUGGUGAUGGGUUAAGUGGUGAAAUACCUAUUUAUUUACAUGCUAUGUAAGUUGGUAUUUUGUUAGACUUUUUUUUCAAAAAUCUACAGGACAAAUUCUUACAUGGUGAUUAAACAAAUUUUUUUUGUUAUUUGUUGCUCUGUGAUAUUUGACAAAUGAAAUUUGUUGCACUUAAGUUUUACCUGUGAGGUACACAAGGAUGAGGCCUCUGUGAAUGAUAAACCUACUGUACGGAAUAUGUGGACUGAAUACUUUACUCAUGUCAGUUUGCAAUAUGUGUAUGGUUUUGGAAUAUUUUAUAAAUAUUUACAUUCAUCAUGUAAGUAGCUGAGUUGAAGAUUCCCUGUGUGUAUGAGGUUGCCUUGUGCUACUGCUUUGUUUGUCCCAGACCUCACCCUUCACCAGCACCAUUCUGUUCCUGAUGAGUAUUAGUGGAACUAUAGACAGUAUACAAGUCAAUGGCACUGCAUCGGCCCACCAGGAAUGGGCAGUAACCAAAGUGCAGUCAAUUAACUGAUCUGCUUUGCAAGAAUGUGGGCAUUUGAUUAAUCCACAUGCACUGUUACUAAAAUGUUCUGUUGUACUUUCUGUGUGGAGUUGAGCACACUCGUGGUAUGUAGGCCUAGUUAUAAAAUUCGAUUUUUAAGAAAUGUAGUCAUGUAGAG